AAAUAAGAUUAAAGUAAAGAAAGCUAAGCCUAAUAAAUACGUAAACGUGGUGAAAAAACAGUUUCCCUCCACCGCGCGUUGCUGCACUAAGUUUCAAAUCUAUUCAGAUAUUUAAGACAAUACUUGAUAGCGAUUUAGAUCAGUCGGAAAUAUGAGAUUGUACUGAGCGAAAAUUAUUGUUGUUGGACUUUUCAAUUCCGGCGAAAGAGAAAGCUAAUAUGACUGCCGUGCGAUGGGAAUGCGCGUGGUGGUACAGCAUAGUUUUGGUGUUUCUGCUGGUGCGACAUUCUGCCGCUUUGAAUGUCACCACCGAGGAACCUUACUUUCUUGAUGAGAAAAACAAUCAAGGUGAGAGGGCACUUACAACGCGUUUUUAUACCUCCGGCGAUGUGGAUGAAACCUUUUGGCUGAAGCAUCUGGGUGACGAUUUCAAGAAUGCCAUACUCUUGCAGGUGGAUGGGGAAGAGCGGAGCAAUGGCGAAAAUGGGUCCGCUUAUAAAACACAAGAAGAAUCCAGGAACAAUCCAGUGCGAGAAAAUGAAGUUCAAUUGUCCGAAACUUAUGAUGAAACACUUGAAGAAAACAAUAAAAAGAAAGUGAAAGGGGAUAACAAUAAGGCACGAAAGUCGCGCCGAAGGCCGAGCCCCGAACAAAAUAUUGAGAAACCUGAAAGGUCAAAGAAUGCCACAAAAAUGGAAAUGGGCCAAAACGCGCAAAAUGCCACUUCAGAUCAAUUUUAUAGUAGUAACGACCAGAGGAGUUACGAAGAAGCGCUAAAAAAUAUGCAAUACCAAGAAAAACUGGAAAAGUAUACGCGAGAUCAAAAUAUCAAUCUAAAAAACACACCGGAUAACAGCAACGUAGCCAUUAAAACCAAUAAUGCAUUAGAUAAUAGUACGUUGACAAUUGAGGGGACGCCUGUGGUGGUAAGUUUGCCCGAGUCGAGCAAAUUAUUGGAAUUGGAAACUAAUGAUACACCGGUUGUGCUACCAUCAAUGAUUUAUCAUAGUGACCAUACACAUAUGGCGGACCAGGGCAGACAAUAUACAGACAAUACACACACACAAACACAAGCAAACACACGAACAGAAAUAGGCACACUUACAAUGCAACAUGAACCUGUAGAGGGAAAGACGCACUUGGACGAACGGGUAACCAGUACACAAUACACUCAACGUUCAUAUGCACCCAUGACGUACGAACAUCAGCAACACUACCAACAACACGCACAACAUACUCAAAAUCAAGAGCACACCCAACAACACUUCCAACACACACAAAAUCAACAACCACCACAACACCUACAACAUACCGAUUUUCACCAACAAGAACAGGCACAAUAUCCAGUGCAAAUGCAAAACACACAAUACCAACAAGCUCAAUUAUAUGAUCAGCCAAUACAGCAGCAACAGCAACAACAUCAAAACCAGGAAUACUCAUCGCCAUACGUUUCUCCGAACUAUUAUAAUAGCAUCUCGGCUUCGCACCAUAAUCAGGGUGACUAUCCAGCCGCCAUCAGUGAGGUUCCGAUACAUCAGCCCAACACGCUGGAGGACAACAACAUUGAUAAAUUCAGUUAUAUGCUUUCUAAGCGAUCGCCUGCGCUAGAAGCAGCAGCCCCUCGUGCUGAAAAUGGCGUACCGCAAGCACAGCCGGAUUCAAUUAAUCCGGAAUAUAAUCGAGUGAGCCUUUCAAAUCGGGAGCUGUACCAAGAGGGCUUGUGAUGGUGCAAUAGUAAAGAAUUAAGCUAUUUAUUGUAGUACUUUUUUAAGUUUUUAAGACUGAGCAAAUAAGAGAAUUAAAUAAAACACUGAAUUAUGCAAUAAAAAUGUGCAUUAGCUAAAAAUA